AUGCCUCACCACAAACGAGAAGAUCUUCUUAACGCCGCCAUAGCUUUCUGCGAGAGCUUUGCGCAGAAAAAAUCACCCGACGAGAUUUUAAGCCAUUUCUCAUCCUCAGCCAACAUAUGGGCAUACGAGCAUGGACUCAAGGAACUCGCCCCUUUCCUCGGUCGAGAAUUCCGGGGGCACGACGGCGUACAGGAAUAUUUUCACACUAUUUCUUCGUGUUUAAGCUACGCGGAUAUGUGCUUCGCAGACUACAUUGUCGAUGCUGUUGAGAAUCGCGUCGCAGUUCGCGGCACCGCCAAAUUCACGUGGACGGCUACGGGUGAGAGCUGGGAUGAAGUCUUCUCGUACGCGCUUAAAUUCGAUGAUCAGUACAAAGUCGUUAGCUAUCAGGUCUGGGCCGACUCUGGCGCUGCAUAUCUUGCGAGAAAGGGCCAGCUAAAGGAGUUAGAGAGCGAUUAA